CCUCCUGUUGCCCCAGCACCCCGACUUCUCCCCCAACUCCCCGCCGCCUCGCGUCCCACCGCCGCCGCCGUAGGGUUGCAAGCCCGGCAGCAGGCCACAUCCCGUCCCCACGACCUCUUCCCAUUCAUCCGCGCGGGCCUCCUGCCGCCGCCUCCGCCGCGAAAGCGCGAGAUCCCGCAACCCCCAGAUUCGUAUCCGGCCACAUCCACCCCCCAUCUGCGUCCGGGCCGCCUAGCUCCGCUCCCGCCGCACCAAUCCUGCCGGAAUCCGUCCCGGAGGUGCCGCGAUUCGCGAUGAGAAUGGUUCUGUAGGGCGCACUCGCUAGGGUUUUCGCGCCCGGUGCCAUGGACGCCGCGGAGCCCCGGGAGGGUUCUGAUCGGACGCUGGACGCCUCCCCUGCGGCGGCCCCGGCGCCGGCUGCUGAAGAGGUGGAGAUGGAGGGCGCCGAUAGCGGCGCUGCGGUGGGACAACCUGCUGCGGCACGCGCCGCCAGUGAGGCGGAGGCGGGUGAAGGCACCGCGGCGGAGCGUGCGCGUGAUGUGGGGGCCUCGGUGAGCGAGGCGAGGGUGGAGGUGGACGAGGGCGGCGCAGCGGGCGAAGAGCACGCCACGAAGUCUCAAGCAAACGGGGUGGAUGAGGGUGGCGCUGCGGGCGAAGGGCGCUCUGCUGUGUCUGCAACCAAGGAGGUGAAUGAGGGCAGCGUUUCGGGGGAAGUGCAAGAUGCGAACCCUGUGGUGUAUGAAGCGAAGAUGGAGGUGGAUGAGACUGGUGCUGCAAGCAAAGAAAACUCUGCAGCUUCUACAGUAAAUGGGUGCGAGGCAAAUGGGGUGAGUGUUCCAGGGGCAGCGCAAGAUUUGGCUCCUGUGGCGUCUGAAGUGAUGAUGGAGGUGGAUGGCGGCUGUAUUCAGGAACAAGAGUGCACUGCAGCGGCUGCGGCAGGCGAGGUUAAGAUGGAGGAAGGUGAUGGCAGAGUGGUGAAUCAAGGGCCUGCACCGCCUGCUGCUGGCCUUCAGGUGAAAGAGGACGUGGGGGAAUGUUUGGUGGGCCGCUACAUUGGCCGUGGUGCUCCAGGGCAUGCAGGGAUUCUUAUUGGGAAGGUUGCAUCCUACAAUAGCACAACUAGGGUCUACAGUGUGGUGUUUGAGGAUGGACAUGGUGAGGAUUUGGGCCUUCCUCAGCUCCAGGAGUUUCUCAUGUCUGAUGAGAAUGGUGCACUAGGCAUGAAGGUGAGCUGCAGGAAGAGGAAGUUAGACUUGCUGGUUUCGUCGGGGAGUGUCUCAGAGGUGAAAGAGCCAGCAAGUACUAGGCAGAGGGUUGAUGGAUGCGAGACAUCUGCCAGGCCUGAUGCACCACAGCAUGGUGGGUGUGGCUCAGAUAUGUCUGAGGAUGUAGAAUCUUCGAGUAAUUCAUCAGAUUUCACUAAAGAAGAACCAUCUGAGCCAUGCCCUCCUGUACAGGCUGUGGAGUUGCCUCCGUCAUCGGGAGACAUCCCUGUGCCAGAAGAGUCCAUAAGUUAUCUCUUUUCGGUUUAUAACUUCCUGCGAUCGUUCAGCGUGCAGCUGUUCUUGAGUCCAUUUGGGAUGGAUGAUUUUGUUGCAGCCAUUAAUUGCACUGUGCAGAAUAACUUGUUGGAUGCUGUACAUGUCUCGCUACUGCGUGCAUUGAGGCGGCUUCUUGAAUCUAAAUCUGCUGAAGGAUCUCAGCUCGCUUCAAAUUGCUUGAAGUAUCUGGAUUGGACAUUACUGGAUGCUUUGACUUGGCCAACUUUCUUACUAGAGUACCUGUAUGUGAUGAGUUGCAUUAAGAAUCUAGGGGGCCGGAGUUUUGGUAGAAGCCUCCUAGCCACUGAAUACUAUAAACUUCCUGUUCCCAUGAAGCUGCGAAUGCUGCAAAUACUCUGUGAUCAUGUCAUUGAAUCAGAUGAACUCAAAACUGAACUGGAGGACCGAGAAGGAUACAAUGAGGAGAUGGAAUAUGAGAUGGAUUCUAGCACACUUUUGGAGGCUGGUUCAAGAGCAGUCUCGACUAGAGCCUCAAAGGCCUCUGCUUACAAAAAGAUGAAUGAUUUGCAGAACUUAGAAAGUGCUCCGAAUGUAACAAAUCCAGAAGAUACUGCAGUGAACGCUUCUCAGGAUGGCAACAGUGAUGAUUGCCGAAUAUGUGGCAUGGAUGGGACUUUGGUAUGCUGUGAUGGCUGCCCAUGGGCAUAUCAUUCGAGAUGUAUUGGUCAAAACAAAGCUUUCCUUCCCCAGGGAGAAUGGUUUUGUCCAGAAUGUGUGGUUAACAAGCUUGGACCAACUUCAUCACGAAUUGAGCGUGGUGCAAGAGGAGCUCAAAUGUUUGGCAUUGAUUUGUGUGGGAGGCUUUUCUUAGGAACCUGCGACUAUUUGCUGGUGAUCGGAACAUCUUCAGAUGCAGAGUCUUAUGCAAGAUAUUACAAUCGUUAUGAUGUUGUGAAGGUCCUCCAAAGACUUGCUCUCUCAGAUGCAUAUGGGGAUAUAUGCAGGCAAAUAGAGGAAUACUGGAAGCAUUUACUUGGUAUAGUUCAGAGUGAGAGAUCAAAAGUAGGUAAAGAAAUUGGUGUGAGCCACACUCCACAAUCCAGCAUGUUGAGUUUUACUCCAACAAAAGCAGGAGAUGGAAGUGGCUGGACAACAUUAAAAGAUGGUGGGAGCAGUAAAACAGUAGCACUUCCUCAAACAAAUGUUCAGCAGAAAUUUGUGGCUAGUGAGGAACAAAAAUGCAUGUCCAGCUUAGGUGCUGUCGCCGAGAAUAAUGCUGACGUUUGCAAUCGAACUCUAUCAGCUCAGUACAACAUACAUAAUGCACCCAGAAAUCGAGCUUUUGCACCAUCUGUGGUAUCAUCAAUUUCUCAUCAGAAUGGAUCCGUUGUAACAGGCGUGUAUAACAUAGCACAAGCACAGCCAGCUCAGAGUACAUCCCAUCCAGACUUAUCGACCUAUGUUGGAACUAAUAGCAUGCCCAGGGAAGGUAAAGAGCACCUUCAGCUGUUUGCUGAAAGACCUGGAAACAUGAGUGGUGGCAAGUCAGCAAAAUUGUUGUCUUUUAAACCACAGGCAUACAUGAACCUCUACAAUCAUGGCAACAUUGCAGCAUCUGCUGCUGCCAAUCUUGCUGUUAUUACAUCUGAUGAAGGUAAGAUUUCAGCAUCCAAACUGACUGCAAACCCAAGGAAAAGAAUGGCCGCAGACAAUUCUCUACAAUUGAAAGCAUUUUCCUCAGCAGCCGCACAAUUUGUUUGGCCUAGUACCGAAAAGAAGCUUAUGGAAGUCCCAAGAGAUAGGUGUGGUUGGUGCCUUGCUUGUAGAAGUUCAGCAAUUGGAAAUAAAAAGGCAUGUUUUCUUAACAUGGCCACUGCAAAUGCUGCUAAAGGGUCUGCUCGAAUUCUUAGUGCCAUGCAUGUAAUAAAAAAUUCUGAUAGUCAUUUCCCCAGUAUUGUUGCUUAUUUAGCCAACAUGGAGGAAAGUUUGCGUGGCCUAUUAGUUGGUUCACUACAGGACGUGCAGCAGAAAGAACGGUGGCAUCAACAACUGCAAGAAGCUUCCAACUGCAGAACUGUUGUACCCCUGUUGCUUGAGUUGGAAAGCAACAUCCGUGGAGUGGCAUUUUCUGCAAGCUGGUUAAAGCCAAGAGACGACUGGCCUGUGGAAUCUCCUGGUCUAUCAGCGGGAUCAUCUCGUCCUGCACCAUACCAUAAACGUGGGGCUGGUGGAAGGCGUAGCAGAAGGCGUUCGUUGGCAUUGGAAUCUGGUACUUCUACUGAUGAUGACAACAGCUGGACUUGGUGGACCGGAGGAAAUAUUUCAAAACGUACUCUGCAGAGGGGUGCUCUUCUAUGUUCAACCAUAAGAAAAGCUGCUCGCCAAGGUGGCAAAAAGAGGAUAGCAGGUUUAUCUUACUAUGAAGGUUCCAGUUUUCCAAGACGAUCUCGGCAAUUUGCUUGGAGAGCAUGUGUUGGACUAAGCCAGACUUCAUCUCAACUUGCUCUGCAGGUUAGAUAUCUUGAUGCCCAUAUUAGAUGGAAGGAAUUCAUCCCUCCAGAUCAAAUUCCUUCAGAUGGAAAAAGUUCUGAUGCUGACCUUUCUUCCCUCAGAAAUGCUGUAAUCUGUGAUAAAAAAAUAAUUGACAAUAAGAUAAGAUACGCGCUUAAGUUUCCCAACCAGAAGCAUCUUCCUGUGCGCGUGACAAAAAAUAUCUUGGAAGCAGAAGGUGAUCAGGAUGAAAAAAGAAAAUUAUGGUUUUCUGAGAACCAUGUGCCACUGUACAUGUUGCGUGAAUUUGAGCAGAAUGCUGGGGUUAGCUCCUUGCCUACUCCAGAUGUUUGGGACUCAAAGUGUUUCACCAAUUUCUACCCAAGGCGAGUGAGAGCAUAUACCGGAGAUGUCUUUUCUUAUCUCUUUCACAAGGGAGAAGUCUAUCCGUGCACCUCAUGCAAGAAGGAUGUUCUGUACAGGGAUAUUGUUAAAUGCAGCUCUUGUCAAGGUAAUUGCCAUAAAGAGUGUACAUCAAGAUCUAUUGUUAGCAAAGGAGUCAGUGCAACUUCCACUUUGACAUGCAAGUUAUGCCUCCAGAAGCGGAAUCUUAUGCUUACAAGUUACAAUACCAAUGCAAGUUAUCUCCGGCCUCAACAGAAGAGUACUGGCCAACAGCAAAUGACCGCUCCAAGAAUUGUCUUUAAGGUUGGUUCUUCCCAUUCUGCUGAACCUGCCCUGAAAGUUGAAGCGCAGCCAGUCACAAAGGUUAAAGCACAGCCAGCCACAAAGGUUAAAGCACAGCCAGCAGCAAAGGUGGAAGCUCAGCCAAUUGUGAAUGUGAAAACCCAGUCAGUUGCGAAGGUGGAAGUCCAGCCACUCGCAAAGGUGGAAACCUUGCCAAUUACAAAUGUGGCAACUCCGAACAUCGCUAGUGUACAAGCUCAGCCAAAGAAAAAAGCUAAAAACUCGAAGUCAGAAAAACCGAAGAAACUUAAAAAAGUUCAAGCGAUCACAUAUUUUGGUCUCGUAUGGAAGAAAAAUAAGACUGACAAGGAUGAUGGAAGUGAUUUCAGGGCGAAUGAUAUAAUCCUUAAAAGUAAGGAUGGUAUAGGUUCGUCAAUAAAACCAACCUGUUGCCUCUGUAACAAAACUUAUUCUCCGGAUUUCCUGUAUGUACGUUGUGAGAGGUGCAGAAAUUGGUUUCAUGGUGAUGCCUUGCAACUUGAGGAUGAAAGGAUUGGUGAGUUGGUUGCAUAUCGAUGCUGUAGAUGCCGAAGGAGAGCCAUACCACAAUGUCCUCAUUCAGAUGAUUAUACAAAGCCUGAACCAGAAUUUGGUGAACAAACAGUUGCUACAUCAUCGCAGUCAACAAUGCUAUCUAGCGAGAAGACUUUUGCUUUAGCAGAUCAGGACCCACUGCUCGCUUCAUAUGGAAUCGUUGAACCAGUUGGGGAAGAAACAGUGGAUGCUGAUUUAUCAGCUAACAUGUUAAGCUUUGCCUCUGGAAGCAACCAGAAGCUGUCGAUAAGAAGAGCACAAACUAAAAAUUGUGAAUACCUUGACCAAGCAAGAUCUGUGAAUGGGUAUUAUAUCCAGGAUCAACCUCCUGGGAAUGGAAACAUCAAUUUCAGCCAUAUGAAUGAAUUUUGUUUUUCGGAGGCUGACAGUGUGGAUGCUUCAGAGCUAUUGGGGUGGGAUUUUUCCCAAGGAACUGCAUAUGCUGCCCUUCCUGAUUCCACUGCUAAUCACCAAGCGAAUGACAAUAGCUGCGGCAGCUUUGUGAUGGACCAAUAUGAACCCCAGACUUAUUUUUCAUUCACCGAACUGCUUGAAGCUGAUGAUACGCAGUUUGACAAUGCAUUUGGGAUGUCUACUGGUCUGCAAGAUGAUGGCAACUGCACGGGAAACUUCAAUCAACAGGGAGCUGGUUUUGAUGAGAUGUCUUUUAUGAUAGAAGAUGGAGCUUCAAAUAUGAACCUCCCAACAGAUGAUCCCUCCCCUGAUGUGGUGGCUUGUCAUAAGUGCCAGAACACUGAGCCACCACCUGAUCUCAAAUGUGCAGUCUGUGACCUGCACAUACACCGCCAAUGUUCACCUUGGGAUGAAAAUGUACCGCCUGCUGAGACUGGUGAUUGGAGUUGUGGUGCUUGUCGAGAAUGGCGAUGAUUAACUUCUGAACUUCAUUGCAUCUAUUGAGAGCAGCAGCGCCAGCUGUGAGGACAGGUGGAAGGUGCGCCAUGGAUCUGGAUGAAAAUUGUCCAUCAAGCUGUUAAUGAUGCAGUGCUACUGAUUGUUCAGAGGCUGGGGUUGAUUAUUUGACAUAAAUUAACCAUCAUACAGUUAGACUAGCAAUGACUGCAGCGGAGUUUACACUGUACAUACUAAAGGAUGGGUCACGGAGACCAUUUUCCAUUCUUUAGAGUUUAGACUCUUUAUUUUCGGGGAGCUUUAGAGCUAGCAGGUAGGAGAUGCUGCUAGCAACAUGGUAUAUGGUUCUGGAAAACCAUAUAAUGUAAUUCUAUUAACUGCAGUAUUUCCUCUUUGUCAGGAUGCCUUAGUCAGCGUGGCCAACUGACAUUGCUAUGUUCCAUAUAUUGCCUCCAAUUCUUUUGCUCGGUAUGCGGAAAUGCCUAAUAAUAUUACCCUUGCAGCC